UCAACAUCUACCUGUCGCGGUGAAUGUUGAAAAAGUCCAGUGCAAUUUCGUUCGCGAUUCGUGGUCCUGUUCUGUUACACUUUCGGUCCGGAGAAUGUGUGCAUGAGUGUUGUGUUUGGAUACCAAUUUCUCUAGUAAAUCUAAAAUGGCCAGCAGGAUAUUUCUAGCUUUAACACGCAAAAAAAAGAACGAAGCCGACGGUGGCAGUCAGCUGAACCGGGUGUUGACGUUGACGGAUCUGACUGCCCUAGGAGUAGGGGCCACUCUAGGUUUAGGAGUUUACGUGCUUGCCGGGUCGGUGGCCAAGAAUGUAGCUGGCCCCGCGGUCUGCUUGUCUUUUUUGGUAGCUGCUGUCGCGUCUGCAGUAUCAGGUUUGUGCUACGCUGAAUUCGCUGCCCGGGUACCCAGAGCUGGUUCGGCAUACGUUUAUAGUUACGUUAGCGUUGGGGAAUUUAUCGCCUUUAUCAUCGGGUGGAAUUUGAUUCUGGAAUACGUUAUAGGAACCGCUAGCGUGGCUCGGGGCCUGAGCAAUUAUGUGGACGCAUUAGCAGAUAAACAAAUAAGGGACACAUUGACAAAAUGGAUGCCGAUGGACGUCAGCUUCCUGUCCCCUUAUCCAGAUUUAUUUUCCUUUGGAAUGGUCUUGCUGUUAACAGCUCUCCUUUCCUUUGGUGUAAGGGAGUCAUCAUCGCUAAACAACGUCUUCACGGCGUUAAAUUUGAUUACCAUAGUUAUAGUGAUUGUCGCUGGAUCUAUCAAAGCUGAUGUGGCCAAUUGGAAAAUCUCAGUGUCGGACAUCGAACCCGAAUACCAAAACGACGCCGGCAAAGGAGGAUUUCUUCCCUUUGGUUAUGCUGGUAUUAUGGCUGGUGCAGCCAAAUGUUUCUAUGGUUUUGUCGGAUUCGACGCGGUAGCUACCACCGGAGAAGAAGCCAAGAACCCCCAAAGAGACAUUCCGCUGGCCAUAGUCAUAUCCCUAGCCAUCAUCUUCGGGGCCUACUUUGCCAUAUCCACAGUCCUGACCAUGAUGUGGCCUUAUUAUCUGCAGGACUCAGACGCCCCAUUCCCGUAUGUCUUCGACCAAAUCGGGUGGAUCGCCAUCAAAUGGGUGGUGACCAUCGGCGCCGUUUUCGCUCUCUGCACCAGCAUGCUUGGUGCCAUGUUUCCCCUGCCCAGAGUCAUCUACGCCAUGUCCAGCGACGGCAUCAUUUUCAAACCUUUAUCCAAGGUCAACGCUUGGACGAAAACUCCUCUAUUGGCCACAAUUGUAUCCGGACUGUUGUCAGGUAUCAUGGCCGCACUGUUUGAUUUAGACCAAUUAAUAGACAUGAUGUCUAUCGGAACCCUUCUGGCUUAUACCAUUGUAUCUGUCUGUGUUCUCAUCUUGAGGUAUCAAGUUGAUGAGAAUUCAGAAUACCCAGGUUUGCAGCAGAAGGAAGCAGAGAAAACGGUGGAACAGACUCUGUAUGAAAUCUUCAAAAAUAUUUUCAAUUUAAACAACAACAAAUACCCUAAUUCAACCACCUCUCACAUUGUAAAUUGGAGUAUAACGUUGUUUAGUGUCUUCACUGCCAUAUUUUGCGCAUUUGUUAUUUACUGUCAACUUGCAAUAUUCACUGAGCCAUUCUAUUUAGCAGGUUUUAUAAUAUCACUUGUAGCCAUGGUGGUGCUACUGGUGGUGAUGAUUAGACAGCCAGUGUCGGAUGUCAAGCUGUCUUUUAAGGUACCUCUAGUGCCAAUUAUCCCUUGCCUAAGCGUUGUGUUCAACUUGUAUCUCAUGCUAGAGUUAGAUGUUUACACUUGGAUACGGUUCAUAGUAUGGUUAAUAAUCGGUUUCUUGAUAUACUUCUUCUAUGGGCUUUCGCACAGUGAAGAGAACCCCAAACGGAAACAGAAAGUGCUGGCCUCCCCAGAUAGAGAAGUGACAAAGUUUUAAGUUAUAGAAGAAGAGUGAGAUUUUGAUCAGGUGCAAAGCUUAGAUAGGUUGUUAUUUCGAAGCAUGGAUUUCAGACAAAUAAAUUGUCAGACAAUGUGAUAUUUUAUAAUGUAGCAAAAGCCUUAAGUACUUUUUGUAAUAUUUGUAUUUUGUAAUAUAACGAACUUAUUCUUUCCUUCUCCACCAGAUUAGGAUACAUUCAUUUAGCAGACUUAAGUGAGAUUUUCUAUUAUCAUUUGUUUGAAUUCAUAUUUUAGUAAGUUAAGUCAGAUAAGGAAUAAAGGAUACUCAAGGUUUGCCCGCGUAUUGUAUAUUUUUUUUAUUUCUUUAUGACUUGUGAUUUAGACAAGAUUGUACCUUACAGAUAGAUUUAUAUUUCUUUUGUAAAAAAAUUAAGAUAUUAAAAUAGAUUAGUUCAAUUAUG